CUGGCCUUGACUUGAACUAUGAGGAACAUCUUGUAUUCUCCGCCGCGGCCGCUGCGCGAUGGGCCGCCAGAGGUCUAUGGGCUGCGCAUCUAUCUGCUGGUGUUGUCGGCGACAUGGGCAUCAGCCAUGUACGGAUACGACUCAGCCUUCAUCGGCGGAACAAUCGCACUGCCCGCAUUCAAGACAAACUUCGGUCUUGCUGGCGCCGAAGAGGGCGAGGCAGCAGACAUUUCAUCCAACGUCGUGUCGAUCUUCCAGGCAGGAGCCUUCUUCGGCGCAAUCAUUGGAUUUCUCUUUGCCGAGCGCUUCGGCCGUAAGCCAGUCAUCUUGGGAUCAGGCGUUGUGUUCUCAGCCGGUGCAAUUGUGCAGUUAAUCGGCUUAAUGUCGUUGUUGUACCUUGGUCGAGCCCUGACUGGCCUGGGAGUAGGUGCAUCGUCGACUAUAAUUCCUAUAUACAUCGCCGAGUGCUCCCCGGCCCUCAUCCGCGGUCGCCUGGUCGGUAUCUUCGAGAUCAUGCUGCAAAUCGCCCUGGUCUUCGGCUUCUGGGUCAACUACGGCGUCGAGAGGAACAUUCCAGACUCGGACCAGAAGCAGUGGAGGAUCCCCAUGGCCGUGCAGCUGAUUCCUGCCGGUCUACUGCUGAUAUGUAUGGUUUGGAUGUGCGAGAGCCCCCGUUGGCUGGCAAGCAAGAACAAGAUGGACAAGGCACACAAGGCUCUGGCAUGGGUCCGCAAUCUACCCAUGGAGCACGAGUACGUUGUAAAUGAGAUGGCCUUGAUUCAGGCAUCGCUCAACCACGAGCUGGAAAUCGCCGGCGGGGAACGCACUCCCAUGCAGAUUGUGAAGGAGUGCGCUGCCCCGGGGGUUCGCAAUCGACUGAUUAUCUCGGUCUUGCUGAUGCUCCUGCAGAACCUCACUGGGAUCAACGCAAUCAACUACUACUCUCCCACAAUUUUCAAGUCCAUCGGCUUCCAGGGCACUUCUGUCCAGCUGCUGGCAACGGGUGUCUAUGGCCUGGUCAAGAUGAUCACCACCUUGGUCUUCAUGAUCUGGAUUGUAGACCGAUUCGGCCGUCGGCCUGCUUUGAUCGUCGGUGCAGUGGGCGCCGGUAUCGCCAUGUUCUAUCUCGCCAUCUACUCCCAAAUCAGCGACUCGUUUAACCGCAUACCCCCCAGCGACGGUGGUUCCCGAGCAGCAGUGGCAAUGGUAUACAUCUACGCCAUCUUCUACGGCUUCUCCUGGAACGGAAUCCCCUGGAUCUUUGCAUCUGAGGUUCUGCCAACGCGUGUCCGGACAAUUGGAAUGAUGUGCGCGGUCUGCAUGCAAUGGCUGGCGCAGUUCAUGAUCGUCUACUCCCUGCCGCACAUGGUCGAGGCCAUCUCAUUUGGAACCUUCUACUUCUUCGCUGCGUGCACGUUUGUGGCUCUGGUCUUCGCGUUCCUAUUUGUGCCCGAGACCAAGGGCAUUCCCUUGGAGGACAUGGACCUGCUGUUUGGGCGUGGAGCAGGCAUCUAUGCCAGAGGGGCGCGUCAGAAUUACGAGACCUGGAAGGGCACAAGAAGCCCGACUAGCCUGCAGAAAAGUGUUGGUGAUUAUUUAUCUCGAGUUGAGAAUGCACAAUAAUCCCUGCAGCGGAUGAACCGUAUAUACGAGUUGCUUAGCGUUUAAU